AUGGCCUCAAGGACUUAUUCAAUAGAAGAAGUAAAUAAUGUCACUGAAUUCAUUUUCUGGGGUCUUUCUCAGAACCCUGAGGUUGAAGAAGUAUGCUUUGUUGUGUUCUCCUUCUUUUACAUGGUCAUUCUGCUAGGAAACCUCCUCAUCAUGUUAACAGUUUGCAGUGGCAAUCUUUUCAAGUCUCCUAUGUAUUUUUUCCUCAACUUUCUGUCUUUUGUGGACAUUUGCUACUCCUCAGUGACAGCACCCAAGAUGAUUGUUGACCUGUUAGUGAAGAAAAAGACUAUAUCCUAUGUGGGGUGCAUGUUACAACUCUUUGGGGUUCAUUUCUUUGGUUGUACUGAGAUCUUCAUUCUUACUGUCAUGGCCUAUGAUAGAUAUGUGGCCAUUUGUAAACCCCUCCACUAUAUGACUAUUAUGGACCGGGAGAGAUGCAAUAAAAUGUUGUUUGGAACAUGGAUCGGUGGCUUCUUACAUUCUAUUAUCCAAGUGGCUCUUGUGGUCCAGCUCCCCUUUUGUGGACCGAAUGAGAUUGAUCACUAUUUCUGUGAUGUACAUCCUGUACUGAAACUUGCCUGCACAGACACCUACAUUGUUGGUGUUGUUGUGACAGCCAACAGUGGCACCAUUGCUUUGGGAAGUUUUGUCAUCUUGCUGAUCUCAUACACAGUCAUUCUCAUGUCUCUGAGAAAGCAGUCAUCCGAAGGCAGACGCAAAGCUCUCUCCACUUGUGGAUCCCACAUUGCUGUUGUCAUCAUUUUUUUUGGUCCCUGUACUUUUAUGUAUAUGCGGCCUGACACUACCUUCUCUGAGGACAAGAUGGUAGCUAUAUUUUACACCAUUAUCACUCCCAUGCUGAAUCCUCUGAUUUACACUCUAAGAAAUGCAGAAGUAAAGAAUGCAAUGAGAAAACUGUGGGCUAGAAAGGUUUCCUGGGAAACUACUGGGAAAUAG